UCCGCCUCCUCCCAUCGAGGCUCCGCCCACCGCCGCCUCCACGCCCCUUGCCGGGUCGGGGUCCAGGCGCUCUGGGGUAGAGGUCGGAAGCCAUGGAGGGUGGCUUGGGGCGCUGCGUGUGCGUGCUGACCGGAGCCUCCCGAGGCUUCGGCCGGGUGGUGGCCUCGCUUUUAGUUCCGCUGCUGUCUCCCGGCUCCGUGCUGGUCCUAAGCGCCCGCAGCGACGAGGCUCUGCAGCAGGUGGAGAGCGAGCUGGGCGCUGGGCGGCUCGGCCUGCGAGUGGUGCGAGUGCCCGCCGACCUGGGCACGGACGCCGGCUUGCAGCAGCUGCUGAACGCCAUGCACCAGCUGCCCAGGCCGGAAGGGCUGCAACGGCUACUCCUUAUCAACAACGCGGGCUCUCUUGGGGAUGUGUCCAAAGGCUUCGUAGAUGUGGCUGAUCCAGUGGAAGUGAACAGCUACUGGGCUCUGAACUUAACCUCCACGCUCUGCCUGACAUCCAGCAUCCUGAAAGCCUUCAGAGACAGCCCUGGCCUGAGCAGGACAGUGGUCAACAUCUCAUCCCUCUGUGCCCUGCAGCCCUUCAAGGGCUGGACACUCUACUGUGCGGGGAAGGCAGCCCGGGACAUGAUGUUCCAGGUGCUGGCUGCAGAAGAGCCCGGGGUGAGGGUGUUGAGCUAUGCCCCUGGCCCCCUGGACACGGACAUGCAACAGUUGGCUCGGGAGACUUCUGUGGACCCAGAACUGAGAAAAAAUCUGCAGGAGCUAAAGACCAAGGGAGGUCUGGUGGAUUGCAAGAUGUCAGCGCAGAAACUGCUGGGCUUACUGCAAAAGGACAAGUUCACAUCCGGAGCCCACAUCGACUUCUAUGAUGAAUAAAUAAGCUCAUAUGCUGG